UGCUUCGCUCCGCCAUCUACCAUGAGCACUGAGUCGGUCUCGGAGCUUGCGAAGCGUAGGCCGUACGGCAAGGACAGCGAGAAGGGCCAUCAUGAUGGUGCGGCGGUCUCGACCAGAGAGGUUGACACAGGCGCGCAGCUCGCGGCUGGGUUUCAAGGAGAGCUCGAGCCGGAAGAGGCGACGAGGAUACGCCGGAAGAUUGAUUGGCAUAUUCUGCCCUUGAUGUUUCUGCUAUACUGGGUCCAGUUCAUGGACAAGACGACUCUGGGGAACUCAGCUAUCUUGGGCAUCGAACAGGACACACAUUUGACGAACUCAGAAUACAACUGGCUGGGAACCGCGUUCUACCUUAGUUAUCUCGUGUUCGAGUACCCGCAAAACCUUGCCCUCCAACGUUUCCCAGUCGGAAAGUGGAUGAGCGUCAACAUCUUCGUCUGGGGAGUCGCACUAGCCUGUCAUGCAGCCUGCAAAAACUUUGCUGGGCUGUUGGUCGUACGGUUGAUUCUCGGCGUCUGCGAAGGAUCCAUUACUGCAGGCUUCAUGAUCGUCAGCUCCAUGUUCUACACCCGAAACGAACAGACCUUGCGUGUUGGAUACUGGUUUUUGAUGAAUGGGACUGCGCAGAUCAUUUCGGGUUUCAUCAGUUAUGGCGCUCUGCAUAUCCAGACCAAAGGCUUUAGGCCGUGGCAGUGGCUCAUGAUCAUCACCGGCAUCAUCACCUUGGCCUUAUCCGUGGCAUAUUGGUUCUUCUUCCCUGACUCUCCAACCAAUGCAUGGUUCUUGACCAAGGAGGAACGUAUCAAAGCCGUUCAGAGAAUUAAGGGAAACCAAACGGGCGUCGAGAACAAGCACUUUAAGAUGGAACAACUGAUGGAAGCGCUUGGGGACUACAAAACUUGGAUCUUUGCCCUUUUUGCUGGGCUGUGCAACGUCCCUAACUCGCUUACAAACCAGCAGCAGCUUAUCAUCGCCUCUUUCGGUUUUACCUAUCUACAGACGACACUCCUGGCCUGCAUGACAGGUGUCGUCGAGAUCUGCACUAUCUGGUCGGGAGUCACCAUUGCCGCGCGGUGGGCUAACACACGAGCAUACGUCGGGGCAGUCUACUUCAUCCCGACCUUAGCAGCAGCUAUACUCAUUAACACACUACCGUGGAAGGACAAAACUGGAUUGCUCAUUUGUAUAUUCUUUGCGUACUUCAACACGACGAGCUUUGUCAUUGCUCUUGCAUGGGUUGGUAGUCUGACCGCUGGACACACCAAGAAGGUUGCCACGAAUGCGAUCAUGCUCUCCGCGUACUGUGUUGGCAACGCUGCAGGUCCAUUCAUGUGGCUUGAGAGGUAUAAGCCUCGGAACCAUAUUCCAUGGACCAUUAUCGCUGUUUGCGACGUCAUCGGUCCCCUUUUGCUCCUUCUUCUACGGUUCCUCCUGGCUCGUGAGAAUCGGAGGCGCGACGCUGAGCCCGCAGACGAGACAUACGAAGACGUGUACAUUGAACGGACCAACGAGGAUGGGACGGUGGAGCAAGUGAAGGUGGAGAAGGAAUUUCUCGACUUGACGGAUAGGCAAAAUCGGGAUUUCCGAUACGUUUUGUAG